GUAAUUAUUUCGUUUAAACCUCCUACGCACUUGGCCCAAUCAUGCCGGCAGGUCUUUUGCUUAGAAAACUCUACAAAUAGAGUUAUAGAAAGCUUCGUUAAAUUGGGAAGCACAACCAUUUCCACAAUGACGAAUGAGGGUAUGAAUAGUGGAAGUGUUGUUUGUGUGACUGGAGCAGGGGGAUACAUUGGAUCAUGGCUUCUCAAGAAUCUCCUUCAAAAUGGUUACACAGUACACGCCACCCUCAGAGAUAUAGGAGACGAGAAGAAAUGUAGGCCUUUGUUGGAUCUGACAGGAGCACAUGAAAGACUGAAGCUCUUUCAAGCAGAUCUCUUGCAAGAGGGCAGUUUUGAUUCUGCAGUGGAAGGCUGUCAAGGAGUUUUUCAUGUAGCCAAUCCUGUACCUCCUGGAAACGAAUGCUCUCUGGAGGAUUUUAUUGUGACCUCUGUAAAUGGAGUACUCAAUGUUAUGAGAGCCUGCACACGGGCUAAAUCUGUUAGACGAAUGGUCCUCACUUCAUCUCUUUCAACAGCCUGUCCAAUGAAUGACAAGGGAGAGUUAGCCUGUCCAUGCAUUGAUGAAUCAUGUUGGAGCGAUGUAGAUAUUUUGGGAUCUCAAACAAAUAAAGCGGCUUGGUAUGGGGCUAGCAAGACUCUAGAAGAACAAGAAGCCCUUAAAUAUGGUGCUGAGAACAAGCUUGAGGUGGUUACCCUCUUACCAUCUCUAGUACUUGGGCCCUGGUUUACAAAUAUUCCAGGUUAUACAUCUCUCCAAACAAUAAUAGCCCUAAUCGGAGAAAAUGAUUUGUUAUAUGAACAAUUAAAAUCCAUUCAAUCCAUGACGGGGUCCAUUGCAAUAGUUCAUAUUGAUGACAUAUGUAAUGCUCACAUAUUUUUGAUGGAGCAUCCUGAUGCUCAAGCCCGCUAUAUUUGUUCUGGGGAUUCCAGGAGUAUCAAUUCCCUUAAACAGCUUCUCAGCAAACAAUUAAAUGUUUCGAUUAAGCUUGACGAUGAAGAACCAGUUAACAGAGAUGUGCCAAUUUCUUCCAAGAAAUUAUUGGACAUGGGUUUCUGUUACAAGUACAGUUUAGAGCAAACGUUAGAGGAAAGUGUACGAUGUGCCAUAAAAAAUGGGUUUUUAAAGUUGUAAUGCAAUAAUAGAAUGAUAUUUAGGUUGAAAAUAAUUUAAUUAGAGCUUGUUUUAUUAUAUUCAAGUAUUUAUUAUGUAGUAUUAUACAUUUUGUAGGAAUUUUCUUGUUUGAAAGAAAUAAUUUAUUUUUUA